AUGGAUAGAUUGCAAGAGGAUAUUAAAAGUCUUGAGGCCAGUGCACAAGCUUGUCUUGAGGCAGCAAACGAUCAACCUCAAUUCUACGAACUAUGUCAUGACUUUACGACCUCCAUAAGCGAACAACUAGCGUCUGCACAGUCUGAUCAAGUAUUAGCUUACCUAAGGCAGACCUUAUUUCCUGUCCAACCUCCGGCGCGUCUGAUCAAGGUCGUUCAGAACAUAUCAUGGGAUUUAUUUAGAUUGAUAAUACCAUUUGUGGAAAACGAAACGGAUACAUCUGAAAUUGCACAAGAAAUUAUCCGUAGCAUUGCUGAAUUAGGAAGACCCCGAGAGAUUUAUAUGGCUAGCAUUGAGAUUUUAACACUUCUUGAGUGGAAUGGGAAAGAGCAGCAGGCGCUUCAACGAGUAGAAGUUAUGUCAAAAGUUUUAAUGAUUGAACGUCGAUCUCUGCUAAAAUUCCUUCCUGACGCUGUCAAGGUCUACAUACGUAUUUGGCGACGUUUGAAGAUUGUAGACCCCGUUCUAAAAGAUCGCAUGCUGUCACACCUUAUCUUGGUUUCGGAAUGGUUUACUUCUCUGUUUAAUUUUAUAGACUGCAAGACCGAUCUCACGCUUUCAUCCGCUCCAUCGGAUGAUGUAAACUAUGAGUAUUAUAUUGCAACAUAUUAUUUAAUACACGCAACAGAGUGCUACGUUGAUGCAUACAGCAUUCCAAUGUCAGAAAUGUACUAUAAAAGAUUUCAUCCAAAGUAUUUCCGGAUACCAGGCAAAGCAAAAGCAGGCGAUUCAAUAAGAAAUGAGGAUAAGGAGCAUCUUGAAAAACUCAUAAGACUAGCGAUCAAUAAUUGUGUUACUACCAAUCAGUUAUUGAAUUAUUAUGUUUAUCACAACAACAUUAAUGAAGAUGUGAAAGACGAGGACGAUCAGAAAGGGGUAAAGUUUUCUACCACAGAGAUUUGUAUACCGAGCGACGUCAUCCUGUCGUUCUUUGCGUGUGCUAUCUACUGCCAGACACUUCUAUUAUCGAAGAUAAUGCUGCUGCCACAGACAAUAUCGCCGUUAUGGAUUCUGAAGAAAUUGGUGCCGCUAGUUGUGAACAGGUUACCAAAUGAGGAAAAAGAAAGACUAGUUGCGGAUAGGACAUUAUUGGUUCUCAUAUUUCUCGUUGAGAGAAUUGAAGAGAACUCGAUUACCAAUGAAUAUCUUGAUCAGGAGUUGAGCGGCACCGAUGUCCAGGCAUCAAUUCUGAUAAAGGUUAUAGCCUCCUUUGCAUCUACUUCGUCAAACGAGUCACUUCGCUUCAUAGCGUUCCAGCUUCUUUCUCGGAUAAUUGCCAUAUGCACGGACGAUGCGAAAGUGUUCCUUCUGAAUGAACUUCUCAAUACUUGUCCAUUUGAGACAAUGAGGUGUGCAGCAAUCGGACUCGUGAAGGAUAUUGUUGCAAACAGCUUAGAGCGAGCUUCCCAAGUGAGAGAUGGGGAGAAGCCGUACUCUUCGAUUUUCGCAAGUACGUACAUGGUCGAAACCUUCUUUCCACGUAUUCUACGCUUUGAUCCUCCGACCGUGAUCCGAAAUGAUUCCGAUUUCAUGGAAAAGUAUAGCUAUAUCAUUCAUGGGCUUAAUUUCUAUCUUUUCGUCUUGAUGAGAGAUGUUCAGAACCUUACUGGUGUUUGGGAUGAUAUUCAAAUACGCGAUACGAACAAAGAAUUCCUAAAUCCCUUGGAAAAAAAGGUCCGAGAGUGGGUCAAAUCGUUUGAAGAAACAUUAAAAGAUAUGCAGCAGCCGGAUGCAUGUUCUGAAACAUCUGAUGUCAAAUUAAAGCUUGUACAGGAGUAUCAGGCGUUACACGAUAAGGUAAAUAACCUGUAUAUUCUGGAAAAUGUCUUGGGUAAGAUUCGCGAUGUUCUGAAGAAGGGCAAAGCGUGA